AAUAAAAAUAAAAAUCCUCUCUGUAAAAGCAUAUCAUCAAUCGAGAAGGAGCAGAGCAGCAGAGAAAUGGUGUCGACGAGGCGAAGUGGAUCUCUGCCGUCCAACAACAACAAGCGAUCGUCCUCGCCGUCGGACGACGACAACAACAAGCCGUCUUCCCCCAAGCGUCAGAAGGGGGAGAGCAGCAAUGCUAAAAAUGCGAAUAAUGGAGAUUCCAACGCAUCCGAGGCGUUGCCGGCGAAGAAUCCGAAGGAGGCCAGCUGUGACGAUCAGCCGGAGCUUCCUGCUUCCGCCGCCGGGGCGGCGUCCGCGUCUGUGACGACUCCAAUUGCCGCCGAAGGGGUUGCGCCAGCUGCGGAAAAGCCGACGAACACUUUAAGUUCGCGGAAGCAUUAUCCUGGUCUUGAUACAAGCACUCCGUGGUGUAGGCUUAUCGCGGAAUCCCCAUUGAAUCAAAGCGUUCCAGUGCAGACAACCAAUUUCUUAGUGGGCUCAAGCAAGCAUGCUAAUCUUUUCAUCCGUGAUCAAUCUGCUACCUUGUGUUCAAUUAGGCUCGUUCAGCGUGACAACAAAUCUGUUGCAGUGCUUGAAAGUCGUGGGAGCAAAGGAUGUGUACAAGUAAACGGAAAAACAAUCAAGAAAAAUACUAGUUAUGAUCUAAAUUCAGGGGAUGAGCUCGUUUUCGGCUUUAUUGGGAACCAUUCAUAUAUUUUCCAGCAGUUCAAGUCAUCUGCACCUCCAGAUGUUCAAACCAACUUAGGAAAGUUGAUACGUUAUGAGAGGCGAAAAGGAGAUUCAUCGGCUGUAACUGGUGCUUCUAUUUUGGCCUCGCUUUCCAGCCCACGACUAGAUUUAUCACAUUUUAAACCUACAUCUCAUGCCAGUAGUAAAAUUUACCUAGGAAGUGAUAUUCCUUCACCACCAGUUCCUAAUGAAGAUGAUUUGGAUGGACAAGAAGUUAAUUCUGCUAAAAAUCUGGAUAUUGAAUCAGCUGCAGAUAUCGCGACUGGAAGCAAGGCCCUUCCUGUUGAUGGAGGUGUAGAGUCAGCCUUACAGGCAAAUAGAGAUUGGGUUAGGGAUCCAAUUCCAGUGACUCCAUCAGGGACGAUAUCCUCAAAAGCUUCAGCUUUUAGGGAGGACCUAGUUGCAGCAAUUCUAGAUGGCCGAAACCUAGAAGUUUCAUUUGAAAAUUUCCCAUACUACUUGAGUGAGAGCACAAAAAAUGUGCUAAUUGCAGCUUCAUAUAUACAAUUGAAGCACAAAGAUCAAGGAAAAUUGACAUCCCAGUUUCCUACACUAAAUCCAAGAAUAUUGCUUUCUGGUCCUGCAGGUUCUGACAUUUACCAGGAGAUGUUAGCAAAAGCUCUUGCCCAACAUUUUGGGGCCAAAUUACUUGUAUUCGACAGCCAUCUAUUUCUUGGAGGUUCUUCAAAAGAUGCUGAACUCACAAGGGAGGGACAGAAUGCAGAAAAAGCAGGCAAGACUGGGAAACAGGCUUCCAUCUCCACUGAACUUGCUAAGGACCUAGGACCUUCUUCAGGUGAUGUGGAUGCCCCUAAUUCAUUGGUUCCCCUUUGUGCUGAGUGGCUGACAAAAUUGGAAGCAGAGAAUGUUGCCUCCCCUGCAAUUGCUGCAUCUAAGAACACUUCAUUCAAAUAUGGUGAUAGAGUAAAAUUUGUGGGUUCCGCAACAGGGGGUUUAUAUUCAAGUUCGUCCAGCCGGAUCAUUAGUAGGGGUCCAACUGUCGGUCUGCGCGGGAAGGUUCUUUUGCCAUUUGAAGAUAAUCCUCUAUCAAAAAUUGGUGUAAGGUUUGACAAACCCAUACCUGAGGGUGUUGAUUUUGGAGGUCUAUGUGAAAGUGGACAUGGGUUCUUCUGCAAUGCGACUGAACUUCGUGCGGACAGUUCUGGGGUGGAGGAUCUGGAGAAGUUACUGAUUAACACAAUGUUUGAGACUGUAUAUAACGAAAGCCGAAGUUCCCCUUUCAUUUUGUUCAUGAAAGAUGCUGAGAAGUCGAUGGCAGGAAAUACAGAGUCAUAUAAUAUUUUUAAGAGCAAACUGGAGAAGCUUCCUGAUAAUGUUGUUGUUAUUGGAUCACACACCCAGAGUGACAGCCGAAAGGAAAAGUCUCAUCCUGGAAGUUUGCUUUUCACAAAGUUUGGUGGCAACCAGACUGCUCUACUUGAUUUGGCUUUCCCUGAUAGCUUUGGGAGGUUGCAUGAUAGAACUAAGGAUGUCACUAAGGCAGCUAAGCUUCUAUCCAAACUUUUUCCCAACAAAGUGAUGAUUCACAUGCCUCAGGAUGAAGCUCUGCUGGUCAGUUGGAAGCAGCAGUUGGACCGAGAUGCUGAGACCCUUAAAUUGAAAGCAAAUCUUUAUAAUUUGCGAAAUGUUCUGAAUCGUAACAGAUUGGAGUGUGAUGGACUCGAGUCUUUGAACAUUAAAGAUCAGACACUUACAAAUGAUGGUGCUGAAAAGGUGGUUGGGUGGGCCUUGAGUAAUCAUGUUAUGGAAAACUCCGAAGCUGAACCUGAUUCCAGGCUUGUUUUGUCAAAAGAGAGCAUUCAAUAUGGCAUUGAAAUUCUAAAUGCCAUUCAGAAUGAAUCCAAGAGCCUAAAGAAGUCCUUAAAGGAUGUCGUGACUGAGAAUGAAUUCGAGAAGAGGCUUCUAGCAGAUGUAAUUCCUCCCAGUGAUAUUGGUGUAACUUUUGAUGACAUAGGAGCACUAGAAAAUGUCAAAGAUACAUUGAAAGAGUUGGUGAUGCUUCCCUUACAGAGGCCAGAACUUUUUUGCAAGGGUCAACUAACCAAGCCUUGCAAGGGUAUACUAUUAUUUGGUCCUCCUGGGACAGGAAAGACGAUGCUUGCGAAAGCUGUUGCCACAGAAGCUGAUGCAAACUUCAUCAACAUUUCGAUGUCUAGCAUUACUUCGAAGUGGUUUGGUGAGGGGGAGAAAUUUGUGAAGGCCGUUUUCUCACUCGCCAGCAAGAUUGCUCCCAGUGUGAUAUUUGUCGAUGAGGUCGAUAGCAUGCUUGGGCGGAGAGAAAACCCGGGAGAACACGAAGCCAUGCGCAAAAUGAAAAACGAAUUCAUGGUGAAUUGGGAUGGACUUCGAACGAAAGACACAGAACGUGUACUCGUGCUGGCCGCCACAAACAGACCCUUUGAUCUCGACGAAGCUGUGAUACGUCGGCUUCCCCGCAGAUUAAUGGUCAACUUGCCCGACGCUGCUAACCGAGCAAAGAUCCUCAAAGUGAUACUAGCAAAAGAGGACUUAUCCCCCGAUGUGGAUCUCGAGGCGGUCGCAAGUAUGACGGACGGGUAUUCCGGAAGUGAUCUAAAGAACCUGUGUGUGACGGCAGCACAUCAGCCGAUUCGAGAGAUUUUGGAAAAAGAGAAAAAGGAUCGAGCUGCGGCCCUAGCAGAAGGAAGACCCGCGCCAGCAUUGAGCGGAAGCGGCGACAUCCGCCCACUGAAGAUGGAGGACUUCAAAUUUGCGCACGAGAGGGUUUGCGCAAGUGUUUCGUCGGAAUCCAUAAACAUGAACGAGCUCCUCCAAUGGAACGAACUGUACGGCGAGGGAGGGUCGAGGCGGAAGAAAUCCCUGAGCUACUUCAUGUGAAUUGCAUGUACAAGGUCAGUCAGCAGCUAAUUCUAUCUUCAAUCUUUGGAACCACAGAUCAGUGUACAAUGAAAUAUAGGUUGGUUAUUAAUUUUUUUUUUUAUUUUUAUUUUUGUCGAGAGUUAUUAUUAUUGUUUGCACUUCUUCUUCGUCGCCGUCGCCGUCUCCGUCGCCGUCUCCGUCGCCGUCGUCGUUGUUAUGUUAUUCUAGCUUAUUGAGAAUGGUGAAGGUUAGAAUAGCCUCCUCCCUCAUCAAUGGUGCCUUCUUCUUAUUCUUCAAUGUCCUUUGUUUUUGUUUUUA